AUGCCUCAUACAGUCUACUUAGCAGUUAUGAAGCUCCUUGAAGCUCUAGGAGCUAUAGAUUAUGUUGAUGAGUCUGCUAGUACUUAUCAGGAGGAUAUAAACCCUGUAGACAAAGACAAGGAAGCUAUUUGCAAGGAUGGAUGUGAGGAGGAGGAGGAUAUGUCUAAUACUAUUAUUUCUAUUGCAAAAGUGAGUAAAUAG